AUGCACGGAUCUCGGAUUUUACAUUCGCCAGCUGUUGUUGUUUAUGCUAUGACAACUUGGGACGUACAAAACAUUGUCAAAUGUGCAACAAAAUUGAAUUACGUGGUAAAUCCAUUGAGUGGAGGACAUAGCUAUGAAGGGUACAGUUUAGGUUCAGUACCAAAUAAUAUCAUCAUCAACUUCGGAAAACUCAAUCAUAUUCAUGUUAAUGUGCAUGAUAAAAUUGUGAAGAUUGGGCCAGGUGCAAGACUUGGACCGAUAUACUAUAAAUUAUAUCAGCAUGAGAAGCAUACAAUCCCAGGUGGAUCUUGUCCAUGGGUCGGAAUUGGUGGUCUAGCUCUCNGAGGACAUAGCUAUGAAGGGUACAGUUUAGGUUCAGUACCAAAUAAUAUCAUCAUCAACUUCGGAAAACUCAAUCAUAUUCAUGUUAAUGUGCAUGAUAAAAUUGUGAAGAUUGGGCCAGGUGCAAGACUUGGACCGAUAUACUAUAAAUUAUAUCAGCAUGAGAAGCAUACAAUCCCAGGUGGAUCUUGUCCAUGGGUCGGAAUUGGUGGUCUAGCUCUCGGAGGUGGUUAUGGACUACUUGCUCGAUUGCACGGAUUAUUAGUUGAUCACGUUUUAGAGAUGAAAGUAGUCAAUGCUCAAGGUGAUCUAUUGGCAAUUAGUGCUAGCCAUGAAUCAGACUUAUUUUGGGCUCUACGCGGUGCUGGCGGAGGUUCCUUUGCCAUUGUUACUGAAUUCACGCUUCGAUUAGUUCGAGCCCCAUUAUUAGUGACAAGAUUAAAGGCUGUCUGGCAUCCGAAUGCAACCAAAGCUGUCAUGAAGCGUUAUCAACUAUUGAUGUUUAACACCAGUCUAUCAAAUUUCAGUAAUAACAUUUUCUUACAGAUGUCGGUCAUGAAAGAACAGAUUACAAUAUCGAUUACUCAUUACGGUCCUGCAAUUCGCGAGUUUAACAGAACUGUUUCAUUGAUGCUAGCAACAUUACCAACGCCAAAGACUACUAACACCUAUCAACAAGAUUGGCUAAGUUUCGUUUAUGAUCUGUCAGAUAUUGCCGAUGCUGAUCAUAAUUAUCGAAAACUAUUGUUGGAAAAUGCAACACUUCCAACAUAUGAAUUUAAAUCAAAACAUCUGUAUUUCGAUAAACCGAUCAGUGAUCAUAGUAUCGAUCAAUUAACACGUCAUCUUUCUCUGGGUAGCGGUCGACUCUGUCUGGAAUUCAAUCCUUGGGAUGGAUAUAUCAAUACAAUUCCAAUCGAUGCGACAGCAUUUCGUCAUCGUCAGUAUAAAUUUGGUAUCCAAUUCACGGAUUAUUGGAACCAUACAUAUGAUGAGCAACGACAGAUAAAUUGGCUCGAACGGAUCUAUACAUCUGUUCACAAUGAUUCAACGAAACAUUCCUAUGUAAACUAUAUCGACAGAGAUGUUCCUAACUGGAUGAACGUCUAUUACGACACACAUACACGUUAUUUACCGCGUAACGUACGUUGUGUUGUGUUGUUGCUUUUCGUACAUAACGGUGAUCAAAUGAGUUUCGAUGGGAAAUCAAGUCUUUUGAACGGAGAAGAGCUGCACGUUGGCGAACGAUUGACAUCACCGGAUGAGAAAAUCUACCUGAUAUUGCAAACCGACGGUCAUCUAGCGAUUUUCCGUAAAGAUGAUCCCAAUCAAGCACUGUGGAAAUCGACAAUCGAUUCAAAACUAUCGAACAUUCAAGGACCAUUUGUAUUGAAAAUGCAAGAAAAUAAUGACGCUGUUGUUUAUGAUGGAAAAGGUCAAACAAUUUGGCAUACUGCCACUCGCUGUCCCGAUUUUCCUGGUCUGUUUCACUUAGAAAUCGACGACGACGAAGGUUGUUAUGUUCGCGGCCGAAAAAACGAAAUUGUUUGGACAUCCUAUACAGGUAUUCGUUGUUUUCAAGAAGGAAAAGAAGGCAUGUCUGUACUUGACAAAGGACAAGAUUUAUAUACAAAUCAAUGUCUCGUAUCACCAAACGAAAAGGUUGCUCUCAUGGUAGAAUUAGACGGUCGUAUUGCAUUGUAUAAAAGAGAUAACUAUGGUGAACCAACAUGGCAAUCGACAAUUACUCCGACAGUAUCGAGUAUAGAAGAGCCUUUUGUAUUCAAAAUCACUGAUGAUAAUAAUAUCGCUGUCUACGAUAUAAAAGGGCAACUUAUUUGGAAAACGAACGUGUCAUGUCUCGAUGGUGAUAGUCGUUUAGUUCUCGAGGAUGAUGGUCGUUUGCUAUUACACGCGAAAGAUGAUGCAAAUAUACACAUUUGGUCAAUGAAAGAUGGUAGUAUAGUACACUACAAAUCAGUUUAG